UCCGUAUUGUUAACAUGAACCGGACAAUAUAUCAUCCCCCAAUCAUAGAGAGACCAUAGCUAAAAGACAGUCCUGCCACAUUUUGAUAUAGGAAAAAAUAGAGUUGGUAUUCUAUCUUUUUCUUUUUUUUCCACAUUCAUUUCUCUCUUUUUUCUUCUUUUCUUUAUAAAAAGUAUAUAAGCAAGAAACAUUGUUUAUGAAUGGUUGUGCAUAGUAGAAGAGGUGGAAGACACUCAGUCGGAAGAAGAAGACGAACACAACAACAACAGCGCAGAAGGUCACAGUCUUCUUCAGAUGAAAACAGUACAGAUAGUGGUUCAGUAACACGAUGUGUGUGUGGACAUACUCACAGUCUUGGUCUUAUGGUUCAGUGCGACAAAUGUGAAGUAUGGCAACACUGUGAAUGUAUGGGACUUGAACAACCAGAUAUUCCAGACCAUUAUUAUUGUGAAUUAUGUAAACCUGAAAACCACAAGUUAACUCGCUACAAUAAUGGAAGCCGUGAAGCCUCUUUAUCGUUAGAAGAUGUAUUGGCUUCUAGAAAUGUAUUGGAAUUGUAUGGAUCUCAUUCGAAUGAAGAAUCCUCUCCUCCUCCUCCUCCUCCAUCAACUGCAUUGACACAAACACAACCACUUUUACUACUUGAUAAAGUGAUUGAAGAAGAACCAGAAGAUAUACCUAAACAAGAAAGUUCACCCAGUAUUCAAGAAACACCAAAAGAACAAGAAUCUUCUGAACCAGAACCACAACGGAGUAGUAGUACACCUAAACCAAGAGCAACCAAACGAAAGAUAACCAAGUCUGAAGAAAGACCUAAACGAGUAGCCCAUGGACGCCACCGACACACCAACGGUAAGAGAGGUAAACCUCGAUCCCGUACAUCCACACCCAUGCGAGAAUUAUCACCUGGCACACCUGAAUUCGAUCAAGAAUCGCAUACGAACGAUAGCAUAGCAACCACCUUGUUUGAACAUUUCUCUCCACAAGCACGGGCUACUUCUCCACCUGCCAAAACACGCCAACCUCACCCUCGUAUGAGCAUUUCAGAAAUGAAUCGACGUGCUAGACAGAUUUUGGAUUACAUUAGUUCUGUCCAAGUGGAAUUGGCGACAAAAGAAGAAAACCGUGCAGGCCAUGGACAUGAGGAUGAUGAUAAUGAUUCACUAAGUAGUGCCAGUACACUUCCUUUGGAUUAUGAAGAAAAUGUCAUUGUGGAGCAUCAGACAUCCUUACAAAUCAUGGACAUGUUGACCAGAAAACUUAUCAAGUUCCAAAGACGUUUUGGACCUCGACAUCGCAUGAUGAAUGAAGGGUGUGUUUCACAAAGUAGAGAAGAAAGCAGUUCAAGUCAAGUCAUGACAAGCCUGUAACUUUCUCUCUUUUUUUUUUUUUAAUUAUUUUGUACAUUCUCUUCAUUCUUUUACUGUAUAUAUAUCUAUCUAUCUAUUGUUAAACAACUAAUAUGUU